GAAUUAUAUUUUGGGAUUCUUCUUAUAUUUACCUUCAGUCGAUGUAAAAUAUUAAAUUUGAACAUAUACAUGGGAAAUGACUGAUAUGUGUUACUGUCCUUCCGCUGAAAUCUAUAAUGGUUACAUUUAAGCUGCGGAAUAAGGCCACUAGUCACUCUGCAGAAUGGGUCAGAAGGCAAAUAACAGAUAGAUACGUUAUACAGAAGCAAAUUGACAAUUAUCGCAGCAGAGCAGCUUACAAACUAAUCGAACUAGACGAUAAAUAUUUUAUUUUCAAGAAGAAUCAGACUAUCGUUGAAUUAGGUUGUUAUCCUGGAGGAUGGGCUCAGGUUGCGCUCGAUAGAGCUCUCUGCGGAGCAUCCUCUUCUCGUGUUAUAGGUAUAGACAAGAUACAAAUAGACCCCAUACCCAAUUACACAUUUAUAAAGGGGGACAUAAAUGACGAGAUCACACAGUCAAAGCUAUUGGCGACCCUGGAUAACGCAAAAGCAGAUGUGGUUCUUAGCGACUUGGCUCCAAAUUGUACUGGUAUCAAACAUGAUGAUCAUUUAAACUCCGCCGAACUCUGCCUGCAAGCGGGAUCACUAAUGGAAAGGAUAAUCGCUGUUGGUGGCUGUUUCGUUGUUAAAAUAUUCAUGGGUAGCCAGUUAGAUAAUUAUAAGACGUAUCUGCGUAGUCUUUUUAGCUCAGUAAAUUCAGCAAAGCCAAAGGCUUGUAGAGCCGAAUCUAAAGAAAUGUACUUUGUAUGCAGAGACUUUAUGGGAAUGCGGGAUAUUAGGGGAGAUGUUCAAACUCAAGGAAGCUUUUAUCCAAAGGAAGGGAGACUAUAG